AUGAAUGGGCCUGGGUAUUAUGAGCUUUACAGAAAAACCACUAUCGGUAUGAGUUUGAUUGAAUCGCUCGAUAAUUUGAUUCUUGACCAGAGAAUUGAACCUCAGUUAGCUCUUCGUGUUUUGGCCAACUUUGAUAGAAUUAUUGCCGAGAACAUCAAGGAAAAGUUGAAGGCAAAGUUAUCGUUCAAGGGGCAUUUACAUAUCUACAGAUUCUGCGAUGACGUCUGGACUUUUGUCAUCAAGAACGUCGAUAUCAAAUUAGAUCACAAUGAAGUAGCUCAUGCUGAUAGAAUUGAAAUCGUUGCCAACAAUUCAAAGAGGAUUGGAGAAACUUGA